AUGGCAGGCAAGGAACCUACCGAGGCCCGGGAGAGUCUGAGGAGGGCAGAUCUAAGAAGGAAAGCCACCACCCGAAGCCCCCUCCCCGCCUUUUUCAGCACCAAAACCAAUCUUUAUUCCUCCUUCACUGUAUAUGCUACUAAAUCCAUCGUUUCUGGGUUUGAUUUUUUUAAUAUCACCUCUACAAGAGCUCCUGGUCCGCGGGGAGUCCUCUUUCUCUCCUCCCGGAAGCUGUUUGCUAUCCAAAUCCUCGCUUUCAAACCCUGGACACCAAGGGGAACCUCACGGCCAAGUCGAGUUGCUCCUGGAGACCCAAGUCCAGCUGCGGUGCCAGGAAAAGUUAGGGAGCCUCCCCUGGAUGUCUCCCAGCCCCUCCCCCCACGGGCAGAGCCUGGGAGAAAUAUUGGGGCACAGGGGGGAGGGAACCAGCCUCCCCGGGAGAGCAGAUGGGUGGGCAGUGAAAGUGGGAGCGGAGCGGAAUCUCAGCAGCCGAGACCAGGGUGUCGCCCGCCCUGGCGCGUGGCGCUCUGGUCGCUGGCCUACGGGGCCGUGGUGGCCGUGGCCGUGCUCGGGAACCUCGUGGUGAUCUGGAUCGUGCUGGCUCACAAGCGCAUGCGGACCGUCACCAACUCCUUCCUCGUGAACCUGGCCUUCGCCGACGCCGCCAUGGCUGCGCUCAACGCGCUGGUCAACUUCAUCUACGCGCUGCACGGGGAAUGGUACUUCGGCGCCAACUACUGCCGCUUCCAGAACUUCUUCCCCAUCACCGCCGUGUUCGCCAGCAUCUACUCCAUGACGGCCAUCGCGGUGGACAGGUACAUGGCCAUUAUUGAUCCCUUGAAACCCAGACUGUCUGCCACGGCUACCAGAAUCGUCAUUGGAAGCAUCUGGAUUCUGGCAUUUCUACUUGCUUUUCCUCAGUGUCUUUAUUCCAAAAUCAAAGUCAUGCCAGGCCGUACCCUUUGCUAUGUGCAGUGGCCAGAGGGUCCAAAGCAACAUUUCACGUACCACAUCACUGUCAUCAUCCUGGUGUACUGCUUCCCGCUGCUCAUCAUGGGCAUCACCUACACCAUCGUCGGGGUCACGCUGUGGGGAGGGGAGAUCCCGGGGGGCACCUGCAACAAGUACCAGGAGCAGCUGAAGGCCAAGCGAAAGGUUGUAAAAAUGAUGAUCAUUGUCGUGGUGACCUUUGCCAUCUGCUGGCUCCCCUAUCAUGUUUACUUCAUCCUCACUGCCGUCUACCAGCAGCUGAACAGGUGGAAAUACAUCCAGCAGGUCUACCUGGCCAGCUUCUGGCUGGCCAUGAGCUCCACCAUGUACAACCCCAUCAUCUACUGCUGCCUGAAUAAGAGAUUUCGCGCCGGCUUCAAGCGGGCCUUCCGCUGGUGCCCUUUCAUCCACGUCUCCAGCUACGACGAGCUGGAGCUGAAGGCCACCAGGUUCCACCCGACGCGACAGAGCAGCCUGUACACGGUGACCAGGAUGGAGUCUGUGAGCGUGGUGUUCGACCCCAGCGACGGAGACAGCGCCAGGUCCAGUCGCAAAAAGAGAGGGACAGCCAGAGACGCAGGCUCCGGAGUCUGCUCCCGCAGGAGCUCCAAGUCCGCCACCCCCGCGGCCAGCCUGGUGAGCGCCCCCUACACCCCGGUGGACGACGGAUCCUGACUGCCUGCUGGGUCAGUCACUUCGGGAGUCCCGCCGCUGCCACCUCUGCGGUCUGACGCUCUCUGGAAACAGAAGGAAAAUGUUUAGGCAGCUACCCUUAAGUUGAGACAGGUUGCACAUCAAUAUAACGAGAACACUACUGAGGUAUUAGCUCCCUCCCCCCUCCAAAAACACAGCAAAAUGGGCUUUUAAGUGCAUUGCUUGAAAUCUCUGAAUUUUUAUAUGCCACGAACAAGAAUAUAAAUCUGAAAAAUAUUUUGUAAAGGGUCCAGUUUUGCUCGUUUAAAAAUUGCUGCGUACGUUUUUCGCACUAAAAUGCCAGUUUGUUCCAAAACAUUACACAAAGUUUAAAAUAUAAUAUUGUCAGUGAAGAGAAAGCAAGACUGCAUAAAAUGAAAUGUUUUCAACUACAGACAUAGAAUGGAAAAGUUAAAUGACUCAUUUUCCU